AUGUCUGCAGCUAAAGUAGGUGCCUUAAUUGCUCAGCAAAUUUCCUGCAACAACUUCUUAUUUCUGACUGUAGCCCAUGGGCUGAACAGGAACUGCUGCCAAAAUGAAGGAAUCUGUUUCCUGGGGACUUUCUGCAUAUGUCCAAAGUAUUUUACUGGUAAACACUGUGAACGUGAUAAACGUAUUGGAUUCUGUGGCACGGUGAGGCAUGGGGAGUAGACCAAGGAUGGCUGCCUGCUCUGCCAGUGUGUCCAUAGGGUCCUUCACUGUUUUCCUCAUGGCCUGAGAGAUGGCUGUGAUAUGAAUACACAGUUAUAUUUAUAUUUACCGAUGUACAUAGUGUGUAUAUAUACACACAACAUACUAAAAUACAAAAACAUUGGCUUUCUAUAUCCAAACGAGGUGAUGUUGAUCAAAUUUGAUUCAUGA